AUGGUGGAUCUCUUUUCAUACAGGGAGCAUCGUGCUUCUAGAACUGCUCUAUUUGAUGGUUUUGAUGUUGAGAAAGGUGGUCUUAGGGCCUCCUCUUCUUAUUCUGGUGAGAUUGAUGAGCAUGACAAUGACAAAGAUAUGGAUGGCUUGCAAGAUAGAGUUAUCUUUUUAAAGAGAGGAAACGAUAUGGAUGCAUCAAGGGGAAUUAUGUCAGGAACCAUGGAUCGUUUCAAGAUGGUGUUUGAGAAGAAAUCAAGUCGGAGAAUGUGCAUACUUGUGGCAUGUUUUGUGGCUUCUUUCUUUAUCAUAUACUAUUUUAUUUGGGUUCUCAUACAUUUCAUGUAUGGUUAAAGUGGAGUUGUGGAAAUCAUCUGCUUAAACUGUUAAACAUACUCGCGCGAUAACAAGACUACAAGCUUGUGUUAGAUGGUGGGGUGGCAUUUAUUUAGUUCUGUAAGCGUCAGAAAUGGUAUACUAAUACGUAGCACCAUCAGACUAAGAAAUGUUCUUUAAGGCUGGUUGGAUGCAGUGAGAUGUUUCAAUUGUACAUAUAUGAUUAAACGGUUGUAUAUGUACACAAGAGAACAGGGUCUAGUCAAUGUAAACGAAGACAGUCUUACCCUUAUCUUGAGAGUUGAUUUUUGGACUAAAAGCCGAUGAAGAAUUAGUGUUUUGCAUUGCUAAGGAACUGAUCUCUCUUUUCAAUAUGUACCGAACUUUAUGGUAUCUUUCUCUGCAAAAUGUCAAGGGGUUUUACUUUGUAUUUCCCUGCAAGUCAAU